UCAUCUUCAUCCCUUCCAAACAGUCCUUGGUCUAUCCAAGGUGGCGGCAAUCUUUUAGUAAAUAAAUAAAACAAAUAAACGAAAAAUGAAGGGUUUAGGCUGCUGUUUGUUCAUCUCUGUUCUUCUCCUCCUCUCUUCUCUUUCAUUUUUGUCUUCGGCCCUUUCCGAUGCCGAAGCUUCUUUCAUUGCCGGCCGCCAACUUCUAACCCUUCAUGAGAAUCAUGAUUUGCCUGAUGAUUACGAGUCGAAAGUUGAGGUCAAUGAAACCUUUUCCAGCCCCAGGCUCCGGCGGGCCUACAUUGCCCUUCAAGCCUGGAAGCUCGCUAUUUAUUCAGACCCUUUAAACACCACCGCCAAUUGGGUAGGCCCCGAUGUCUGCUCCUACACCGGAGUUUUCUGCGCCCCUGCUCUCGACGACCCCAAACUCGAAGUUGUCGCCGGAAUCGACCUCAACGAAGGCGAUAUCGCCGGUUACCUCCCCGUGGAGCUCGGUUUGCUGACUGACAUUGCUCUGUUCCACAUCAACAGCAACCGAUUCUGCGGCAUUGUCCCGUUUAGCUUCUCCAAGCUUACUCUGCUCUACGAGCUGGACAUUAGUAACAACAGAUUUGUAGGCCAUUUCCCUGAAGUGGUUGUGAGGAUUCCUAAUUUGAAAUAUCUGGACAUCAGAUACAAUGAUUUCGAAGGUGAAUUGCCUUCUGAGCUUUUCACUAAGGAACUGGAUGCGAUUUUCCUCAACAACAACAGAUUCACCUCCUUCAUUCCUGAGAGUUUUGGGGACUCGCCGGCAUCGGUUAUUGUAAUUGCCAACAACAAUUUCACGGGAUGUAUUCCGAGCAGCAUUGGCAAAAUGGGGAAUACAUUGAAGCAGCUUAUAAUGUUGAAUAAUGGACUUGUUGGUUGUUUGCCUAGUGAAAUUGGGAUGCUUGGAAAUGCUACGGUUUUGGAUGUUUCGUCAAACCAGUUGAGUGGAAUCUUGCCGAAGAGCUUCGAUGGGUUGAAGAAUGUGGAGAUUAUGGAUAUUUCUUCGAAUUUGUUGACUGGCGUUGUGCAGGAGGGUUUGUGCAAUUUGCCUAAAUUGGUUAAUUUGACAUUCUCUUACAAUUUCUUCAAUGGCGAGGCGGAUAGGUGUGUGCCGCAGAAUAGAAAGGAUGUUUUGUUGGAUGAUGGUAACAAUUGCUUGCCGGAAAGACCCAAGCAGAAGGCGGCAGAGACUUGUACCCCCUCCCGAGGCACCAACACCUUCCCCUGUUGACGAUUCUCACGAGCAAUCACCAGUCCCAAGAUACCGCCCCUUCCUCCACCUGUAGUGCACUCUCCUCCACCACCGGUGCACUCUCCUCCACCACGGUGCACUCUCCUCCACCACGGUUCACUUUCACCACCACCGGUUUCAUCACCCCCACCACCACCAGUUCACUCUCCACCACCACCAGUUCACUCUCCACCACCACCGGUUUCAUCACCCCCACCACCACCAGUUCACUCUCCACCACCACCAGUUCACUCUCCACCACCACCGGUUUCAUCACCCCACCACCGGUUCAUCCCCCCACCACCACCAGUUCACUCUCCACCACCACCAGUUCAGCUCUCACCACCACCAGUUCACUCUCCACCACCACCGGUUUCAUCACCCCCACCACCACCAGUUCACUCUCCACCCACCACCGGUUUCAUCACCCCACCACCGGUUCACUCUCCCCCACCCCCAGUUCACUCUCCCCACCACCGGUCUCCUCGCCCCACACGGUCUUCCCCACCACCACCAGUUUACUCUCCACCACCACCACCGCCGGUGCACUCACCCCCACCACCAGUCCAUUCACCACCACCACCGGUGCACUCACCCCCACCACCAGUCCAUUCACCACCGCCUCCAGUCCAAUCUCCUCCACCUCCGGUAUUCUCUCCACCACCACCUUCCCCAUCUCCAUCUCCUCCUCCUCCGGUCGCAUCUCCGCCGCCCCCACUAGAAGACAUCAUCCUGCCACCAAACUUGGGUUUCCAGUACUCAUCACCACCUCCACCAAUGUUUCCGGGAUACUAAGCAGCAAAUCAUCGAACUCUCAUCUCUAUUUUAACAUUUUUCAUUUUUAUUAUGGGUAAACCAUACUUUUGGUCUCGAGUUUAAAGUAAAGUUUCUAUUUGGACCUAAAAUUUGAGAUUUAGUGAAUAGUUCUAAAAAUGAUCAUCGCGUGAAGUUGAUAGUUGACUAAUUGAAAAAAUGAAUAAUUGAGGUUUCAAUUCUUAAAUCAUCUUUCUCCACUUCAUAAAAGGGAAGGGAAGGGAAAACAAAGAAGAGAGAGAAGGAGAAGAGAGAAAAGAAAAAAAAACAUAAAAUUAAUAAAAUAUGUCAUGAUUUAAAAAUUGACACCUCAAUUAUGUCUCAUUUUUCUAUAUAAAUCAACUUCACUCCAACCAUUCAAAACGUAUUUCUAAAUUUUGAGGAUCAAAUACAAAUUUAUAAUUUAAUCUAGAGACCAAAAGUGUAUUUUUAGCUUCAUUACUAUCCUAUGUACCCUUGAUGAUGACAAAUUGUAAUGAUCCCCUUCUUUGUGCAAUAUC